AUGUCCCUAUUCCUACAUCUCCUUGUUGGUCCAGAGCUCAGGUACAUCAGCUUCAGUAUCCCUUCCUCUGACAACCCCGACGACCAGGCCUCCCUGGCGACUUUCAAAUCUGUUCUAGCUGCUCUCCGCAGCACUUGCCCUCUCUUGGAAUCCAUCGCAGUCAGCUCCGCUUGGAGGGGUCAGUCCGCUGAGUCGACGUCAUUACUGUCGUCGUAUCUCGCGAGCUACCGUAACCUCAAGUGUAUCAAAUGCCCAGAUAUUGAACUCGUAGUUCAAGAUGUCGCAAAACUGUCAUCCCUACCGUCGUUGGAGACGAUGGUCAUCCGAUUUUCAUCCAGUGGGGACGUCGAGUCUGGCUCAAAUAUCUCUCAAAUCACGCGAACAUGUCUCCACACUCCCGCCUCGACAUUCCCAUCUCUCAAGCACUUAGAGGUGCGCUCGUGCGAUGUGCGAUGCUACCCUCAACUCGCUUCGAUCAUGCUUCCCGUGAUCGAAACUCUCGAGGUGGAGUUGGAAACGACAGGACAAUCGAGACUCUCCCAGCCACUAUUUGCCCUCAUUGCCUCACAAUGUGCCUCGGAGAGCCUCUCCGCACUCUAUUUGCUGGAUUGUCGCGACGACGGGGACCUGGUCACAUGCCCUAACAUCGCGAUAUCGUCGUCUCACCUUCGUCACUUACUCAUCUUUCGCAAUUUGCGUCGUCUCGAGAUUGCGGCCAUACCCUGGUCUACAGAAUACGACGAUGGAGUCCUCAUUGAUGCGGCGACCGCGUGGCCCGAUUUGGAGUAUCUGGACGUCAACACUUCGGUGAGGGUAUCGGGCUGGAGAAGAUCCUCGUCCUACGCCACGCUGCGAAGCGUAUACGCUUUCGCCAAAAAUUACGGCAGAAUUAACCAUCUCGGUGUGUUGCUUGAUGCACAGGAACCUUCCCAGUACACCGAGCUACUUCCCAACCAAGACGAGUGGCAUGACGACGGGAGUUUACAUACUCUACCGAACUUAGCAGUCUUGGACCUGGCGUGGUCCACGAUUGACGAUCCCGAGCGGGUAGCUAUGAUGCUAUCAUAUUUCCUUCCUGAAGAUGUCCGGUUCAAACUCGGUACGAAUGGCGUAUACGUUGCGGAUCCUGAAGAGAUGGAGGCGGUGGAAAUGGAAAGAUUUAUCCCACUUUGGGAGCGUGUCAUGGUUCUUUUCCCGCCCAUAUGUCGCGUGCGGACGCAAGAGCGAGCACGAGCGCGCAGACUCAUUGCUAGUGGCAAUAUCGGCGCGGUCUGA